AUGUCUAAUGAAGACAAUAGUAGUUCUUAUAAUAUAAAUAAUCCUUAUUAUUCUUUCCAUCAAGAUCACAUUCACACCAUAACAUCAUCACCACAACAAGGGUUUGAAUUUCCCAUCACCACCACAAGUCAUAAUAAUUACAACCACUUUCAUGAUCUCUACAACAACCACCACUACCACCACCGCCACAACCAGCAACCGCCUCCGCCGCCACCUCUGCGAAACCCUAAUUUCGAUAAUCGGAUUGACCAUUCUUCUUCUGAUGGUAUUAUGAGCUUCUCGAACUUCUUGCAAGUGGAAGUAGCUGAAUACAACGCUCUAUCAAAUGCUUUUGAUUUGUCCUGUUCAUCAUCUCAUGAUCAAGUAGCUGCUAUUAAUUAUGAUAAUAAUCAUAAUGAUGAUCAACUAAUAAAUAUUGCCGCUUCUGCUGAAAAUCCACGCACACCAAAUUCUUCGGUGUCGUUUUCUUCGCAGGAGGCCGGACUCGAAGACGAUUAUUUGAAAUCAGAUCUGCAACAAAAAGUUUGUGAACAAGGAGAUCAUGAUCAUGCCAAAUCUGAGAAUAUGAAAGCAAAGAAAAAGGAAGUAGUGAAAAAUAAAAAGGAAAGACAAGUGAGGUUUGCAUUCAUGACUAAAAGCGAGGUUGAUAAUCUGGAAGAUGGUUACAGAUGGAGAAAGUAUGGCCAGAAAGCAGUCAAAAACAGCCCUUUUCCAAGGAGUUAUUACAGAUGCACCAGCCAGAAAUGCGGCGUUAAGAAACGAAUAGAGAGAUCAUUCGAAGACCCGUCGGUUGUGAUCACCACCUACGAGGGCCAACACAACCACCACAGCCCCGCCACCAUCCGUGGCAGUGCCGCCGCCCUCUUGGGAUUCUCUCCACCAUUUCAGUACAACAAUUAUAUCUUCCCUCAAGAUCAUAAUCAAAUGUUUUUCCCUUCAACUAAUAAUCCGGAAAACCACACAGUCAGUAAUUCCACCUACAACAUGCACACAAAUCAGAUUAGUGGCCACCACCAACAUCUUCAGGACCAGCUUGAUCAGCUUCCUGAUCAUCACCAAUAA